AUGUUUUUCAAAACAUAUUUAUGGAUCUCCCACGAUGGUACCGCUUCAUCGUGGCGCGGAGGUGACUCUGGGUGUCAAACUACGAAAUACAGCGGAGGUUCAUCCUCCACCAGGAUCUCUCAAGUUGAGAAGGAGUUCGACGUUUCCGAUCCUCCGGAUGCCCAGAUAAGAGUAGGCCAUGCCAGAAGCACCACCGUCUGGCUGAUUCAGUCACUAGAUGGCUCCUUGAUCCAAAUAAGAUCACCGCCUCCUUCAAGCAAAAUUGCGAUCAACCGAAAGCUGAAAAAGAAGGUCUACCAAGGAGUUGGAGGGAGGAGAGGAGUCGUAUAUGAGCAUCAGAUUGGAGGAGCUCCUGACGCUUGUGACUGGCCCAUCGGGGAGGACUCGACGAAAGACUACGACCUGCUUUUUAGAGGACUGAGAGCCUGA